AUGUCGGCCUCAAACUCAGGCUGGAAACAUUGGCGAUCCGUCAGAAAACAUCUCAACUUCUACAGGGUUCAUAUUCUCUUUUUUACAUUUACGCCUCUUAUCUUUUCCGGCAUCUUCUACGCCAGUAAUGGGCAAAACCAUAUCUCUUACGUUGAUUCUUUGUUCAAUUGUGUCAGUGCGAUGACGGUCUGCGGAUUGGCAACAGUUGACUUGAGCUCUCUAACGCCUUGGCAACAAGUCAUUCUGUUCAUUCAGAUGUGUCUGGGAUCACCGGUGCUGGUUUCAUGGGUCAUGGUUUAUAUCAGAAAAUUCUACUUUGAAAAGAAGUUCGAGCACAUCAUCGAGGCCUCUACGUCACGAAUACCUGCUUCAAUAACCGACCAAAAGCACCAUGGGUCUGUUUGGUCCAAUCGAGUCGCCGCUCUGUUUGGCUUGGGAAGGAAAAAGUCGAGAACAGCAAACGAGAAGACCAUUCAUUCAGAAAAACCCGAGAAGGAGCGACAUGGCAGCGGCGGCUUGGCACAUCGAGUGAGACCUGAUAUGAUUCGCCGUGUGGACGAUGCCCCAAAGCUUGUUAAUCCAAGUGGUUGGAUUAGUGAAGGUGAUCGUAUACCGAUGAAGCGUAACGCAACCAUCCAAUCUACAACACAAGAUCGCCGUCUAUCCUUCGCUACUUCCGUGGUGGAAACUUCUGCUCGGACUGCUGUUCCGUUGAGAAGAAAUGUAAUGAGUCGUCGACUAUCUGAUCCAGGAACGGCUCCUGCAAAACCUAAUGCUGAUAGUGUUCCCAUUCAUCGUUUUGAGACAAUUUCUCCGCAAUCUAGGCCCCCCUCUCCCUCUCUUCCUCAACCACAAUCGCGGUUUACACCGACUGCAUUGCCCAGAACGCAAACAAUAGAGUUUAGUCUUCCUCGCCGUCGACCCCCUCGUACUGUUCCAACGCAAGACUUUGACCGCGAAUCUGUCCGCCCAGCCCCUGAACCUUUACAACCAGAUGAUAAAAGAUCAGCUCGUAGAUCUUCUAUUCAUCACGCUCCCCUCAUGCCAUACAUGUCAAACCACACCUACAGUACUUAUAUUCCGGGACCUAAAACACUUCGGAAACACAGUGGUUUCGGAGGAUUUCCCAUGCCCCACGAAAUCAUACGGAGUAUUAUCAAAAAGUUUUUCCCAAAACUAGGACGGAAGUUGACAAGGACGAUAACGAUUCCGAGGACAAUGACCGUAACUUCUCAUCACAACCCUGUCAUCGCACCAGGCACGAGGCCCGUUCCAUAUGUAUCUUUUCCUGCCGUCGUUGGGCGAAAUUCAGCGUUCCCCAUGCUUACGGAAGAACAAAUUGAGGAGUUGGGGGGUGUAGAGUACCGCGCAUUGACUGCGUUGCUUUGGAUUGUUUCUGGUUAUCACAUCUUGGUUCAGCUCAUUCCGUUUGUGAUCAUCGCGCCGUACAUAUCACAGAGCAAGUGGCGAGAUGACUUUGUCCCCCCUGCACUACACAGACCAGUUUCUACUGUCUGGUUCUCGUUGUUCCAGGUGGUAUCGGCGUAUACGAACACCGGGACGUCGUUGGUUGAUACAUCCAUGAUCCCAUUCCAGACGGCAUUCACGGAUUGGUUUUUCUUCAUGGUUUUGGAUAUUGGAAACGUUACGAUGGAAGCGAUACCUCUCGGCACGAGGUUCGCUGCGGGGUUUUUGCAAGGUGUCGCCGUACGAGCGGCUGGGUUCGGAAUCGUUCCUCUGGCAGCGUUGGCUCCAGCAGUCAAGUAA